CAGAGCCUUCUGCAAGCAACCAGAUUCUUCGGUACAUCCCAAACGUGUCGGUCUGCACUGAGAGGAGAGAAGCCGAGUCCUCCGGCACCGGACGAAUGCUGCGGAUCAGGCUGCAGUGAAUGCACUUAUCUGAGGUACGCCGAGGCUCUCGUCGACUUCUACAGGGACGGCGGUUCGGUUGCCUUGACAGAGGUGCAGAAAAUCUCCGAUCCCAGUGUGCGGGUCUUCGUUCAGACCGAGCUGAAGUUCUACUUGAGCCUGGACGAAGAGGCUCGCCGUCGCUUGAGGACACAGCAGGAGAAACAGAAUAAAACCAAAGAAGAUUCCCCCCACCGUUGACUUCGGCAGCCUUGGCUUGAAACCCAAGAUGAUCACCACUCUGUGUAAGGGAGCCGCCAUCACAGUCGUGACGUUGUAUGCGGUACGGAAAUUGGUCUCAUAUCGAUGGGGAGUAUUCACUAGACAUGUCGACUGCUCGAGACUAAUCGUCGUCAUUACGGGAGCAACUUCAGGAAUCGGGAAGGCCACUGCCGAGCAGCUGCAUCUUAGAGGAGCCACCGUGGUUCUCGCCUGUCGCGAUGUUUUGAAAGCGAAACUUCUCGCGGAGGAACUCCGCCAGCGGAAUGAAGACACUCGGGUCAUGUCUUUCACGCUGGAUCUCUCGGAUUUCGACUCGGUCGACGCGUUCUGUCGUCAAUGUAAGAAGCAUCUGCCCCGCAUUGACGUGCUGAUACUCAACGCCGGAGUGGCGUUCUGUCCCUAUGCAGAAACCAAGCAAGGCCUCGAGCUCCAGAUGGGUGUCAAUUACUUUGGUCACGCGCGGCUCACUCUCGGCUUGUUGAACUUGUUGGGGAAGAGUUCAGCUCCCCGUGUGGUGCAGCUGUCAUCGAGCCUCUACAAGUUAUCGAAAGUGCCUGACAGGAUCCAAGCAAUCACAGGUGAAGCCCACAUCCAUGACGUGUGCCAGACCGAAGCGAAUUAUGAUAGCAAAGCCGCGUAUUACGAUUCGAAAUUGGCCGGAAUGCUGUUCACGAAAGAAAUCGGCCGCAGAUUUCCAUCCCUGAUUUGCGCCUCGGUAUCGCCCGGCAUCGUUGCGACAAACCUUGGCAGGCAUCGCUGGUCACUGUACAAAUGGAUAAGCUUACCAGCGCUCGCCGUGUUCUCCUUGCUGGCCGUCAGAACCCCAUUCCAAGGCUGCCAAACCGUCCUCUUCGCAGCGCUGGAUGAUCGAGUCACCAAGCCGUACGGAUACUACAGGGACUGUCGUGAGGAGGAAGUGUCAAAACUUCAGAUGAAUCUCCUUCUCUGUGAAAAACUCUUCUUGGCUACGCAAGAGAUUUUCAAUCACUGCGACAACGCCGAGCAGUGAUAUGAACGCGAGGAAUUCCUACCAUGAUAUCAGCGCUGUGCUCCUCCUUAUUUAUUUGUGUUGUUAUCGAAAUAAAGCAGUGACAUCCAUAGAUCAUUAGAA